CUUCAUGGUUGGUUGGCAUUUCAAUACUAAUUGUAUAUUUUUAUAAUACUGAUUCAAACUAUACAUUUGCAUGCACUAUGUUUAUUAAUUUUUAUCGGAUUAUUGUUGUUGUUUUUUUAAUUAUUAAUUGUGUUAGUUGUACACCUUCAUUUCGAAAUGAAAUGAAUACGAUUAUACAUGAAUUGAAUACCAAACCAAAAAUCUUGUGGAAGGCGGGAUUAAACUUUUAUCCAAGUUUUUUGAAGAAUGUUUCUCGUCUCAUGGGAGUUCUACCUUUGAAUAAACUGCAAACACAAGACAUUUUGUUAACAAAAAAAUUGUCUGUUGCCCGAGAACCUCUUCCAAAUAGUUACGACGUUACAUUAAAAUGGCCUGAGUGCAAAUCGGUUAUUUCGAUUAGAGAUCAAUCUAACUGUGGAUCUUGUUGGGCCCUAUCAACUGCUUCAGCAUUUGGUGAUCGUUUAUGUAUUGCCUCGAACAGAACAAUAAAUAAGGUCUUAUCUGGAGAGUACAUAAAUUCGUGUUGCAAUGGCAAAUGUGGAGACGGAUGCGAUGGUGGUUAUCCAGAAAAAGCAUGGAAGUUCAUACAGAAAAACGGAUUAUGCACAGGAGGAGAAUACGGUUCUAACGAGGGAUGUCAGCCAUAUAGUAUAGCUCCUUGCCCAGGAACCAAAUACUGCAGUAAGAAGGACAAUGAAGCGACGCCACAGUGUUACAAAGAUCAGUGUACCAACAAUAAUUAUGAGUUAUCAUUACAAUCAGAUCUGUAUUACACAACUAAAGUAUAUUCUGUUAAACCAAAAAUGGAAGUAAUUAUGAAUGAAAUAAUUAAAAAUGGCCCAGUGGUUGCUGCAAUGAAAAUUUAUGAAGAUUUCUUAUAUUAUAAAAGCGGAAUAUAUGAGUACACAACAGGUUCUUUACAAGGUGAUCACGCUAUCAAGUUGUUAGGUUGGGGCGAAGACGAUGGAGUACAUUAUUGGUUAUGUGCAAAUACCUGGGGUACUACUUGGGGCAUGAACGGAUUUUUUAAAAUACGAAGAGGAAUAAAUGAAUGUGGAAUUGAAACUCGAAUUACUGGUGGAUUACCGAAAUUGUAAAAUUUAAUUUAAUUACUAAAGUAUUAUUAUUUAUUAAUAACACAUUUAUAUUUGUGUUAAAAUUACCCUUACACGUUUUAAGUUUUUAAUAGAAAUAAGCUACUAUUUCCUAUAAACUGUGAUAACUAUUAAGUAUUAAAGCGUUAAAAUGUAUUGAUUUUUUUAUGAGAUUUGCUGAAAAAUAUACAG